AUGUGCAGUAAGGCUGACGGGUUCACUGCAAGUAACGUCUACAGCAGAACUGAGGAGGAGGAGACAUGUCACGAAGACCAGGAGUGUCGUAGAAGAGCUAAAAGGGCCCUUGCAGAUGCGUCCAGCCGUACAAAAUGCAGUAUGUACCGGGAGGACUAUAAAUGUUACGAUGCGAUUCCGAAGACCUGCAACUUUUCCGGGAAAGUGGCCACCCAAAAGAACAAUUGUGUUUCGAAGUGCAAGUCAUUGAAUGUCACGGUCAGCGAAAACUGUGAAUUGAAAGAUGUAGCCCAAUCAGCCAGUCCCGUUUCCAAUCUUCCUGCUUCCAUGACAACCAUAUCUCCAGUUGUUAAUGAUAGUCAUACAGCUGGAAGGGAAACGACAACUGCGAUUCAGAGCGGCACAGCUGACGAUGACGACAACGCUGGCCGAAUAUUGGGAAACAUGACGGACACUGGCAAUGACGUCCGUACCCUGUCACCACUAUCUGAUGAAAGCAAAUCAGGUGCUGGUUUAAUGCGGGCACCUGUGGGUGUUAUGGAGAUCCUGCUUGUAUGGACACUUGGACGUUUACUGUAACAAACACCUGAGACAAAACGGGUUACUUUUGUUUCACCU